AUGGCAGCCAUCGAAUAUCCAUCCACCCCGGCCUCUAUCCCCCUCCACCAUCACCAAGCAACCAUGGAAGCAUCUCGAUCUUCCGAUGCCGAGAGACGACAGAAGGAAGAAAACCUCGCCAAAGCCAAAGCUAAUGUCCAACGUAUAAUGCAACUUUACCGCUCUGGGAAGCCACUAUUUACACGGACACUCUUGAAGGACCUUCACGAGCAGAUCAUUCAGGGAAAAGACGAAGUUAAGAUCCCAACUUGGAAUGGUGAGGCAAAAACAUACAGCCUCGAAGUUCCUAAAGACCUCGCCGAAAGAUGCAGCAUCCAGCGCUUAACACUGUUCGACCCAUACCUUCUUGAUCUGCUGUUGGACCCCCCGACCCCCGUCUCCAUUACGUAUGUGCGCGACCCAAGCCCUCCUGGCGUCACCCUCAAAGUGAUCGACAAUACAUUCAAGCUGGUCCGCCGGGAAUGGCAGGAAAGCGAGACAUGCUCUAACCUAGAGGGCUCUUUCGUGAAACCGAGGUUUAAUCCGGAGGCAAUCACGAUCACCAAAAUUGUUGCCUUUGGACUGGGAACCCUCGGCAAGAACAACCUCGGGCAACUUCCGGUCCGCUCUUAUGCCCAACAUGCUGCUACGUUGACUAUUGCCGCUGUUUUGAAAGAACGGAAUAUAAGUCAAGGUCUUGAUGUGCAGUGCUUUAGCCAGGAUCCGUGGUACAAUGAGAUAGAUAUUGAGUUUCUGGGAGGUCUCGGUAUCACAGUGCUGAAAGACCCUGAGGGAUUUUUGGAGAUCGAUGAGCAGACGCUGGUAUUCUCUGUCGGUCCCGAUGUUCCCGUUAGGCAGAUCGUGGCAGAUGUGCAAUGGCCGGCUGCUAUGGUUUGGAAUAGUCCGCUUUCAGAGGUACAGAUUAAUCGGGGAAUGUAUUGGGCGCGUAGUCCGAUGGAGGCUGAUCCUGAUUCAGAGAGGGUCGGUAGUAUGCUGCGCAACUAUGACGGUGCGCAACUGGACGAUCAGGCUGAUUAUUUUGGGGAGUUGACUGUUUAUGCGAGAAGGCCGCGUUCUUAG